AUGCAGGUCAGGGUAAUUGCGGAGGAAGACAAAGUCCCGUUCUCGGAUCACUUCGUCUUUGUCUCUUGGGUCGAUGAAAGCUCGAAGGAGCGGGAUAGGUCACCGUUUAUCAACCUGAGGUGGGCUUACCUUAGUAUGACCAGUCGAUACACGAUACAGUCAUCCACCAUCACCGAACAAGGCUAG